UUUUUAGCCAUCCCAGCUCCCACAUCCUUCCCUUUUUCUCUAAGAUCUUUAACCCUAGUUUCCUUGAUUUGUUGUAGCAAACAAGGAUAGAAGAAUAGUGAGAAACCAGCAGGCCAGCUUCCUGGAUCUUGCAGACCUGAGCAACAACUGCAGCUAAGCAAAAAAGAAAGAUCCAACCGAGGUUAUAAUACAAAUGGAACCCUAGCUAAAUCUCUAUCAUGCUUGUGAAAUCCAUGGCUGUACAAACAACAUUGCAGUACUGAACCUUGAUAUGUAUAAGGCAGCAAGCUAGAUGACCCAGCAGAACUAGAGAGUGAUUGUUAUACACAAGCAGCCAUGUCAUCAUACUCCUCAUCAUCCGCUUCAUCAAACUCUCCCUGCGCUGCAUGCAAGUUCCUGAGGAGAAAAUGCAUGCAAGGUUGCAUCUUCGCCCCUUACUUCCCACCAGAAGAACCUCAAAAGUUCUUCAACGUUCACAAAAUCUUCGGAGCCAGCAAUGUAACCAAGCUCCUCAACGAGCUUCUUCCCCACCAAAGAGAAGAUGCAGUGAACUCACUUGCUUAUGAAGCUGAUGCACGCAUGAAGGACCCUGUAUACGGCUGUGUUGGUGCCAUCUCCGUCCUCCAGCAACAAGUGCAGCUUCUUCAGAAGGAGCUAGAUGCAGCAAAUGCCAACCUGUUGAAGUAUGCAUGUAGCUACUGCCAUCCUUCAGCACAUGCUGGACAUCAACAGGUUCUGCUUCCCUACCAUUCUUCUCUUCAAUGGAGUAAUAAUUCAGAUAAUGAGCAGAUGAGGGAGAAGGGUGGUUAUGUUUAUGGGGAUGUGGAUGGGAGUUAGGGAAGUGGGGAGAUCAUGUCUUUUAAUUAAUAUGUGGGUUUUAUUGUAUGGUUUGUUUGGAUAUGUAUUGACCGUGCAUGGCAUUGAUUGCUGUGUUUCUGUUGUCAGAGAUUUAUGUACUUUAUUGGUAGUGUAAUGCCUUUGCACAAUGAGGUUUUGUUA